AUGCAGUGUACAACAAAGAGAGCUUUGGGAUGCUUAUAUGGGCAAGUGAUCGGUGAUUCAUUAGGUUCUCGAUAUGAAUUUCAAUCUGCUUCAACCGUUCAACGUAUGAUAUUGAGUGAUUCAGUUGGGUCUUUUUUACCGAUGCUUGGAGGAGGACCACUUAAUCUACGUCCAGGGCAGGUCACUGAUGACUCCGAAAUGGCUCUUUCUUUGGCUUCCAGUAUAAUUCGUUGUAAUAGUUUUAACGCUGCAGACAUUGCAUGCAGCUAUGUCUAUUGGGCUCAAUCUAAGCCGCUAGAUAUUGGAAAAGCAACUCAUAAUGCCUUAACUAUUGGAAAGCAGUUAUCAUCUAAAUGGCAUGAUGAAUUAAUUUAUAAAGAGAAGGAAUUAAUACAUCAAGAAGUAAUCAAGAAUGUGAAGGAUUACAAUGUGGGAAGUUUAAGUAACGGUUGUCUUAUGCGGAUAUCACCUUUAGCAAUUUACUCCAUCAAUAACAAGUCAACCGAACAAGUUGAAGAAAUGGUGCGAAUGGAUUGCUCAUUAACACAUUAUGAAGAAGAUACUAAACAAGCAGCCUUUUCAUACGUUACAGCUAUUCGGAAUUUGCUCAUUGGAAAGAGCAAUAAGGAAGCAUAUGAAGCUGCUUUAAAUGUUGUUAAAAGCACGCGUAUUCGUGAUCAUUUGUUGACAGCGCAAGAAAAACCGGUUCCUGUUAAUACUGGCAAGCGGUUUGUGAAUGGCGAUAGAGAAGGGAUGGGAUAUAUUGGAGUUGCAUUGCAAAGUGCUUUUUAUGAACUUUUACACGGCACGUCGUUUGAAAAGUCUGUUAUUAGCGCAAUAUCACGUGGCGGUGAUACUGAUACAAAUGGUGCUAUAGUUGGUGCAUUAACUGGUGCUCGAUUUGGUAUUGAUCUAAUUCCGAAAGAGUGGGUAAAUACAAUUAAAAAAAGUAGCCCGCGUGAUAAUUUCAGGGAUAUCGAUUACAAUGUUGAACAAGUUGUUGAUAAAUUGUUAAAGAUAGUGUAA